AGUUACCUGCUGGUUGAGGUCAGCGCCCGUUUGCAGCUGCCAGAGAAGAAAGCAAGCAAGGCCGCUUCCUGCGGCUAAGUGGGCAGGUGACUGCUUGCAGGGAUCCGGGGGUGCGUUGACCGAGGCCCCUGUCUCCAGCAAAUGCUUCAGACCAUCCACCUGCAGGAAGAGAACAGAUCCAGCACCCUUCCCACCUUUGUCCAGUCCCGCGCCCCUCCGGGCUGGAAACCUCCCCGCCCUUCACAACCAGCUCUGACCAGGCAGCGCCCAGUGGUCCGUCCCCGCAUUAACGAGAAGACGAAUCUAGAAGCUUGAGCCUGCAGGACAAAAGCUCGGGCUCUGUGAGCCCGAAUCUCACCUCGGGGUUGCAAUCCAGCAACAGCAUUUCCCGUCUAAGGCAGAUGACAAGAGUCCUUGGAAGUGCAGAGCGGUGAGACACUCGCCGCACCCCGACAGUUAGACUACUGCAUUUUCCUCUCUGAAUAUAACUUCUCUCUGUCUUGCUCUAAAUUGAAAUCUGUAUCUUCCCUGAGAAAGACACAACUUCCCCUGAAGAUAAGGCUGCAGACACCUUGAGCUUGACGAAUACACAUUGCGGAAAAAGGAUGAAGUUGACCAGUGAAAAGUUGCCCAAGAACCCCUUUUAUGCCUCUAUAUCUCAGUAUGCUGCUAAAAACCAAAAAUUCUUCCAGUGGAAAAAGGAAAAGACUGAUUACACCCAUGCUAAUUUGGUGGAUAAGGCAUUGCAGCUCUUGAAGGAAAGAAUACUGAAAGGAGACACUCUGGCAUAUUUCCUACGAGGUCAACUAUAUUUUGAAGAGGGAUGGUAUGAAGAAGCAUUAGAACAGUUUGAAGAAAUCAAGGAGAAAGACCAUCAAGCAACUUACCAGCUAGGAGUGAUGUACUAUGAUGGGCUGGGGACCACUCUAGACGCUGAGAAAGGGGUGGACUAUAUGAAGAAAAUUCUUGAUUCUCCAUGUCCCAAAGCAAGACACUUAAAAUUUGCAGCUGCUUACAACCUCGGAAGAGCUUAUUAUGAAGGAAAAGGUGUUAAACGAUCAAAUGAGGAAGCUGAAAGACUGUGGCUUAUCGCAGCAGACAAUGGAAAUCCCAAAGCUAGUGUGAAGGCUCAAAGUAUGCUCGGGCUGUAUUACUCAACCAAGGAGCCCAAGGAGUUAGAAAAGGCAUUUUACUGGCAUUCCGAAGCAUGUGGCAAUGGGAAUCUGGAGUCCCAGGGUGCACUUGGGCUCAUGUACUUGUAUGGACAAGGCAUCCGGCAGGAUACGGAAGCUGCCCUGCAGUGCUUAAGAGAAGCAGCAGAACGCGGAAACGUCUAUGCUCAAGGGAAUCUCGUGGAGUAUUACUAUAAGAUGAAAUUUUUUACAAAGUGUGUUGCAUUUUCCAAAAGGAUCGCUGACUAUGAUGAGGUUCACGACAUCCCCAUGAUCGCCCAGGUCACAGACUGUCUCCCGGAGUUCAUCGGCAGAGGCAUGGCAAUGGCAUCCUUCUACCACGCAAGGUGUCUUCAGCUUGGCUUGGGCAUCACCAGGGAUGAAACAACCGCUAAACACUAUUAUUCUAAAGCUUGUCGUCUGAAUCCCGCAUUGGCAGAUGAACUUCACUCCUUACUUAUUCGUCAAAGAAUUUAGACCACAAUGUAUUUCAACAAAGAUCAUCAAUGCUAA